CAGUAAAACAGGUUUUCCAUUCACUAUGUGUUACCUUGAUCACUGGGAAUAGGAUAUUGCAAAGCAGUGUCCUGGUGGUUUCUGAAGAGUUUAUCAAAUAUCGUUUAUCAAAUUUGUCGUCGCUAUUACGGCUCUGCUUUAUCCUCUUGUUGAAAGCCAUACAGAUUUCUGUACUGAGUUGAUACAUGGAAUGUGCGGUUGCUUGUACAGCUGCCUCAAUUUCACCGUGUAUUUCAGGAAUCUGAAAAAUAAUUUCAUUGCUGACUGGUUUUAGGUCUGGAAAUACAAUUAGAUACAGUGAAUUGCCGAUCAGAUUUGCUGGUGUUAUCAUCUAUUAUUAACAUGGUAGUUAACCUGGAGCGUGACCUUGGGCAAUGACAAAUCUUGUGAUCCGACUGCAUGGAAGAAGGUAGUCGUACGAAGGUACACAGUGGUCAAUUUGUGGCUUUCGGAUCCAUUUUCAGCUUUUGAAAACUUGCUGCAGAUUACAUUUACAGGACACAGGCUACAGAAGUGAAGAACCCACUGCAACAAUGCAAAAAGAGGAACUGUGGACACACCUUCGUAUUCCAGAAUUGGGGGAAGUCCAGCAAUUCCUGUGCUCUCUUCCAUCAUCCACUGUAAUAGGGAUUGGUACUAUUGCAGCUCUUGCAAUAUACUGGUAUGCUACGAGACCCAAAGCACACCUACCACCAUGCAACCUAUCAAUGCAGUCUGUGGAAAUUGAAACUGGUGAACGUGCUCGGAGAAGUACGCUGCUUAAGGAAGGUGAUGAUCUGAUAAGUUGCUACUAUCAAGAUGUAAGAACACUAUAUGAUGUGUUAAAAAGGGGUUUGAUUGUAUCAAGUAAUGGACCUUGUUUAGGUUUUAGAAAGCCAAAUCAACCUUACCAGUGGAUAUCCUAUCGUGAAGUUAUUGAUAGGGCAGAAUUUGUGGGUUCAGGAAUUUUCCUUCGCGGCUACAGGGGAGGGAAUAGUGAAUAUAUUGGGGUGUUUGCCCAAAACAGACCGGAGUGGGUUAUUGUUGAACAGGCUUGUUACGCGUACUCCAUGGUAGUGGUACCAUUGUACGACACAUUGGGAGAUGAAGCUGUUUCCUAUAUCAUAAACAAAGCGGAUAUUGAGGUUGUAAUCUGUGACACAGCAGUCAGAGCAGAAACCCUACUAAAGGGGGUGGAAACUGGGAUAACGUCAGAACUAAAGAUGAUCAUUGUCAUGGAUCCUUUUGGAGAAGAUCUAAAAGAACGAGGAGUUAAAUCUGGAGUUGAGCUUGUUUCUUUAGCGGAAAUAGAGGAACUAGGAAGGGGAAAGAAACAAAAACUGAAACCACCGCAUCCUGAUGAUUUGGCUGUUAUUUGUUUCACCAGUGGAACCACAGGAAACCCCAAAGGGGCACUGCUGACUCAUGCAAACAUUGUGUCUAAUCUCUCUGCUUUUAUCAAACUUACAGAGGGACAAUGGGUGACAUCACCCACUGACAUACACAUUUCCUUUUUACCACUUGCACACAUGUUUGAGCGCCUGGUACAGGUUGUGGUCCUUUGUCAUGGUGCACGGAUUGGAUUCUUUCAAGGAGACAUCAGACUGUUAAUGGAUGACAUCAAAGUUUUGAAGCCAACGAUCUUUCCAGUUGUUCCCCGUUUGCUUAAUAGGAUGUAUGAUAAGAUUCAUAGCCAAGCUAAUAGUUUUGUGAAAAGAAAAGUAUUGCAGCUUGCUUCCUGGCGAAAAAUAGAAGAACUUCGGAAAGGGAUAAUGCGACGCAACAGCAUAUGGGACAUUUUGGUCUUUCGAAAAGUACAGGCCAGUCUGGGUGGUCAAGUAAAACUGAUGGUAAUUGGAGCUGCUCCUGUGUCUGCAACUGUGCUUACCUUUAUCAGGGCAGCUUUAGGUUGUCAGUUUUAUGAGGGAUAUGGGCAAACGGAAUGUACAGCAGGCUGCUCAAUGACUGUUCCUGGAGACUGGUCAGCAGGACAUGUUGGAGCUCCAAUGCCUUGCAGUCUGAUUAAGCUUGUUGAUGUAGAAGAAAUGAACUACUUCGCUGCUAAAGGGGAGGGUGAGGUAUGUGUAAAGGGGCCCAAUGUGUUUUCUGGUUACCUAAAAGACCCUGAGAAAACUGCAGAAGCCCUGGAUGAGGAUGAUUGGUUGCACACAGGGGAUAUAGGAAAGUGGCUGCCGAAUGGGACUCUGAAGAUAAUUGAUCGAAAAAAGAACAUAUUCAAAUUGGCACAGGGCGAGUACAUAGCACCUGAAAAAAUUGAAAACAUCUAUGUACGAUCUGAGCCAGUUGCUCAGGUGUUUGUUCAUGGUGACAGUCUGCAGGCUUUUCUGGUGGGAAUUGUGAUACCUGAUCCUGAGGUGUUAACUGACUGGGCCCUAAAGAGGAACAUUAAAGGAUCAUUUGAAGAUUUAUGUAAAAACGAGGCUUUAAAGGAUGCUAUUUUAGUAAAUUUACUAACGAUUGGGAAGGAAGCUGGACUGAAAACAUUUGAACAAGUGAAGGAUAUUUAUCUCUAUCCUGAGAUGCUAACUGUUCAAAGUGGCCUUUUAACACCAACAAUGAAGGCAAAGAGAGCAGAACUAAGAAAAUUCUUCAGCACACACAUUGCUGAACUUUAUGCAAAGCACACUGUAUAAACAUGUGCAUGUUUUUGAGGCAAAUCUAAUUAGUGUCCUUGUUAAUUUGAUAAUGGUAACUGAUGCUUUGCAAUGAUCUACCAGAAUAUAUAUAUGUAUAAAUAUAUUCGUAUUUUGUACAACAAGCCUUGUGAGCCAAAAAAUAUCAGAUCUUAUCACUGUUUAAAUAUAUUUGUUAAUUUCCAAAAUGCCUUAUAUUUGAAGCAUUCAUCUCUUUCAUGGGGGAAUGGCAUCACAAACUUGAAAUGAAAAGGAAGCACAAAUUAAGUUGCACUUGUGUGGAAGGAUGUACAGUUAUCACAAAUGCACUAUUGAAUAACAUAAUUUUUAUAUCUAUGUAUGCAGUAGCUGUUGCACAAAUGUCUAAAGUGAAAUGAAAAUUAAUACUGAAAGCUUUAACAGGAUUACAUGUUUAAUUUAUAUCUCCCUGACAUUUGAUUAUGUUAAAAAGGCUUGCCAUUGUAGAUGUUUUUGUACAGAGAACCUAAAGAAGAUUUGCAAAUUAUCAGUGAAAUAAAAAUAAAAAGUAUGUUUUCUGUAUAUUUGUUCAUUGUUAUGCAUUACUCAGCAAAAAAUAUGCUUGCUGUGCCAAAAUGAGUUGGAUAUAGCUACCCUGUGAAAUAUAUUGCAUAACAGAACUUGUUGCAUGCUAAAGUACUAUUUUACGAUUGCUUCCACAACCCAUAACAGUAGGUAGUAAGUUCUUUCAUAGGUCGUAUAUGCCAUCCUCAGAGAGCCUGUAGUCACUAACUGAAGGUAUUUGCAAAUGAAGAUCUACUCUUCUGGUCUUUACUUCGUUCUCUCAUUUGGGUGUGUACAGUAUAUUGUGUUGUGUUCGUGCAUGUAGGGUGACGACUAAGUAGCUGAAACUUGCUGGCAAUAAGAUUACAUUCUUUACACUGUAAAACCCUUAUUCAUACAUGUGUCAAUUCCUGAAGGAUUUCACAUUCCACUCCUUGUGGGAGAAAAUAAUUGAGAUUAAUUUUCCCUCUAAUGUCUGAAAGAUUCUACAUGAUUUUUUAAAAUCUCUAAACAACGUGUCAUUUUUUUUUUGGAGCACUGCAUUGGUGUAGCUGUUUGCACAAUGCUAUUACGGCUCAGGCUGUCAGAGUUUGGAGUUCAAUUCAGAUGUCAUUUGUAAGGAAUCUGUAUGUCCUCCCCGUGGAAUGCGUUGGUGUUCUCUGCAGGCUCUGGUUUCCUCCCACAGUCCAAAGAUACACCAUUUACAAUUGUUAAUUGGUCAUUGAAAAUCAACCAGAGAUUAGGCUAGGGUUCAACUGGGGUUGUUGGGUGGUGCAACGCGAAGGGCUGUAAGGGCCCAGUCCAUGCUGUAACUCUAAAUGCAUAAAUCAACAAAACAUGCAAAUUCUGGAAAUCUGAAACAAAAUACAAAAUACUGGAAAUUUUCAGCAAGUGGGUUAGUAUAUACUAUGUACUAGUAUGUAUAUAGUGUAGAGGAGAUUUACAAAGACCUUGCCUGGAUUGGAGAGCGUGUCUUAUGAGAACAGGUUGAGUGAACUUGGCCUUUUCUCCUUGGAGCGAUGGAGGAUGAGAGGUGACCUGAUAGAGAUGUCUAAGAUGAUGAGAGGCAUUGAUUGUGUGGAUAGUCAGAGGCUUUUUCUUAGGGGUGAAACAUAGUUUUAAGGUGCUUGAAAGGAGUUACAGAGGGGAUGUCUGCGGUAGGUUUUUCACACAGAGAGUGAGUGGUGAGUGCCUGGAAUGAAUGCACUGCUGGUGGCAGUUGCGGAGGCAGAUAUAAUAGGGUCUUUUAGGACACUCUUGGAUAGGUACGCAGAGUUUAGAAAAAUAGAGGGCUAUGUGGUAGGGUCAUUCUAGCAGUUUCUAGAGUAGUUACAUGGCCAGCACAACAUUGAGGCUGAAGGGCUUGUAAUGUGCUGUAGGUUUCUAUAUUUUACAUUCUCUGUAUAUAUGGAAAGAAAGAUAAAAUUAACCUUAUCUGUUUAUGACCUUUCAUUAAAACUGUUGUCACCAUUAUGAAUUCCAAUGAAAGGCUGUUGAUCUGGAAUGUUAACUGUUUUUCUCUCUCCAUAGAUGCUUCUUGACCUGCUCAGUGUUUCCAGUUUUCUGUGUUUAUUUAAGAUAAUUUAUAUGUAUUUAUGUGCCUCUGCUGGUUGGUGUAAGUUGUACACCUGGUGCACUGAAGCAGUUAACCAAUGCUAAUUCAAAUACUUUGCUUUCCCCACAUUCCUCUUAAGACAAUAAUGCACAAAGGAAAGGAAAUGUUUAAUUAGUUCCAGUUAAUGUGUAAGGGAACAAAUUAUGUACAGUAUAUUGCAUUGUUUGAAUUAGUGGUCUUCAUGGAUCAUGUUGACCUCAAAGUCUUGUUGAACCAACCAUUAAAUAUUAAAU